CAGCUGGUAAAAAUAGACACACAGUCAGAGCUCAGUAAACAAGCUGGUGAAAGUGAGCAGGACGUUAACAGGAACUCACAGUCCAAGGAGCAGAGAUGGGUUUGGGGAGGAAGCUGGACGUCCCGGUCUGCGAUCUGUCUCUGAUCAGAGGGAUCUGGGAGGUCCGAGCAAAGAAACACAAACAGAAACAGAAGAUGGAGCAGGAGAGGCUCGAGAAGAGUGCACUCCCCAGGAUCGACCAGCAGUGGCAGUAUCGCAUCUACUGUAAGACACUGAAGACCAAAGACCGGAACCUCCUGCACCAUUACCUGGAGAGGUCUACACUGACUGAUAUACAGCCGUACACAGAAGGAGAGGAGCAGGAUCAGAAAGACCAGGAGGAUCUGAAUGAUCUGGAGCAGAUCAAACUGACGUUCCAGCUUGAAGGAGAUCGUUGGAUGGAUUUCCCCAAGGAGCUGCAGUGGAUGACCUACCUGAAAGAGUGGCAUGUCAGGGGGACAAGGAUCUGCCGGCUGCCUGACUACCUGGCUCUAUUCACCCAGCUCACCGUGCUCGAGAUCCCCAAAAACAGUAUCGCAGAGCUGCCGCCUGAGAUCGGUAAACUGACGGGGUUGAGGGAGUUAAACGUCAGCUACAACCGUCUGUCCAGAGUUCCUCCGGAGCUCGGGAACUGUGAGAACCUGGAGAGACUCGAACUCGCAGGAAACCACAACCUGUCCGAGCUGCCGUUUGAGCUGAGCAGCCUGAAGCAGCUGGUUCACCUGGACAUCGCGGAGAACAGGUUUGUUUCGAUCCCCGUCUGUGCUCUGAGGAUGAGCAGCCUGCAGGUGUUGGACCUGAGUAACAACAGUCUGAGCGACCUGCCGCAGGACAUGGACAGGUUGGAGCAGCUGGUCACCCUGUUCGUCCAUAAGAACAACCUGACUUACCUUCCUCACUGUCUCACCAACAUCUCCACGCUCAAGAUGAUCGUCGUCAGCGGCGACGAGCUCACCUGCAUCCCGACCAAACUGUGCUACAACCCCGACCUCAAGUUUAUUCGCCUGUACGACAACCCGGCGAGCAAAGAGAAGAAGAAGGAAGAGGAGAAGAAGAAGAACAAGAAGAAGAGGUGGAGAGAGCCGAGAGAGGAGGAGGUGAAGGACAGCAGAGAGAAAGAGUUCAUCGAGGCGUACAUCAGCACGCUGCAGGACAGAGACACCGUCCCCUACUCCACCACCAAGGUUUCCAUCUCCUGCCUGCUGUGAGGAAGAGGAGGAUGAAGAUGAUGGAAGGUUGAACAGACAGUCGGUCACGUUGUGAGUGACAGACAAUCAUUUCAAAGCAGCACCAGCAAAGACAAAAAAAGCUAAACAAAACCAAAAAAAACCCAAAACAGUUUCAUUCAAAAAAACAACUGAUUUCUGGGCUCGAGGAAAGUUAAUAAGUACGUUUGUUUACAGACGUCUCUUUUAUAACGGGGGUCAGGGGAUUUAUUUUAGCUGCGAGUAGCAGCAGGGAUGAGCGCCAGAUCUAUUAAUACGUCCAUGACGGCUGUGUCCGAAACCAGCGGCUCGUUCACUCAUUCACGACUCAGACAGACUCAACAAUGAGCAAACACAGCGCACCGCUUAAAAACUAUGGAAGUUUAUUCAGAAAAAUUUAAAAUAUAAAACAUGUAGUUAAAUGUAAAAAAUAAAAAAAAGCAGCCGUACAUUUGUUGUUGUUUUUUAGAGCCACAGUGGAAUUUUAAAUGCAUUAUAUAGUAAAUAGAAAGUGAUUUUGGACACAGCCAUGGUUUCAUUUGGCCGAGCUAACAUGCUAAAAUGUGGUCGGCGCCGCGAGUGUGUUUAAUGUUUUGAACGCUAAUGUUUUUGGGGAUAAACUGGAUUUUGUGGUUGAAGGUGUGAAAUGUGACCAAAACGGAGAUGAUGCUGCACGUUAAGACAAACGAAAAGAUU